UUGCAUUUCCUUUUCCCAAUCCCAUCUCCCUUUCUCUUCCUCCUUCAAGGGAAGCCAUGGCUUUCAAUGUUGUUUGGUUAAUUGGGUUAUGUUCUCUUCUUCUUAGCUAUGGAGUCCAUGUUGAAGCCUCUCACAAGGUUUGCUUAGACCUUCAAUCUUAUGAGCACACUACAGCAACCCAUCAGCCUUUUAGAACUGGCUACCAUUUCCAACCAGCCAAAAACUGGAUCAAUGAUCCUAAUGGGCCAAUGAUUUAUAAGGGAAUCUAUCACCUCCUCUACCAGUACAAUCCAAAAGGUUCAGUCUGGGGUAACAUAGUAUGGGCACACACGACUUCGACUGAUCUUGUCAAUUGGGUUCACCAUGAACCUGCAAUCUAUCCAUCCAUUGAAUCUGAUAUUAAUGGCUGUUGGUCUGGUUCAACUACAAUUCUCCCAGGGGCCAAACCUGCCAUUCUAUACACUGGUAUAGACCCACAAAAUCGCCAAGUCCAGAAUAUAGCAUUUCCCAAGAAUCUCUCUGAUCCAUUCCUGAGAGAAUGGACCAAACUACCCCAAAAUCCUCUUAUGACUCCCAUUGAUGGGAUCAAUGCAAGCUCAUUCAGGGAUCCAACCACUGCUUGGAAGGCUCCUGAUGGGAAAUGGAGGGUAAUCAUUGGAAGCAAGACCGGUCGCCGAGGGAAGGCAAUUCUCUAUAAGAGCAAGGAUUUCAUUAAAUGGGACAGAGUUAACCGUCCACUCCAUUCAUCCAAGAAGACAGGAAUGUGGGAGUGCCCAGAUUUCUUCCCUGUUUCUGUAAAAAGUGAAGUUGGUCUUGACACAUCUGUGAUUACUCCUGAUGUUAAGCAUGUUCUUAAGGUGAGCUUGGAUGAUACCAAACAUGAAUACUACACAAUUGGUACUUACAAAUUGAAGAAGGAUAAGUAUGUUCCAAACAAGGGUUCCAUCGAUGAUGAUUCAGGCCUGAGAUAUGAUUAUGGAAAAUUUUACGCUUCCAAGACAUUCUUCGACAAUUCUAAGAACAGAAGGAUACUGUGGGGUUGGGUUAAUGAAUCAGAUAGCGAACACGAUGCUGUGAAGAGAGGAUGGGCAGGAGUUCAGGCAAUUCCGAGAAAUAUUUGGCUCGACAAGUCUGGGAAGCAACUGGUUCAAUGGCCAGUCGAAGAAAUCGAGAAGUUACAUGAAAAACCAGUUGAUUUGCAGAGUACAGAGCUGAAGAAAGGAUCUGUAAUUGAAGUUUCUGGUGUCACUGCCUCGCAGGCCGAUGUGGAGGUUUCAUUUGCCUUGUCAACAUUGGAGAAAGCUGAGAAUAUGGACCCAAGUUGGAAAAAUCCACAACUACUUUGUAGUCAAAAAGGGGCUUCUGUUAAAGGAAGUAUAGGACCAUUUGGAUUGCUAGUUUUGGCUUCUGAAGGCUUGGAAGAACAAACAUCCAUAUUUUUCAGGGUAUUCAAAGAUCAAGAGAAAUAUGUGGUGCUCAUGUGCAGUGACCAAAGCAGGUCUUCUUUGAGGAAAGAUCAUCUGCUGGAUAAAACCACCUAUGGAGCUUUUCUAGAUGUGGAUCCUCAGCAUGAGGAAUUAUCACUAAGGAGCUUGAUAGAUCAUUCCAUCGUCGAGAGUUUUGGUGGCAAAGGAAAGGUUUGUAUCACAUCUAGGGUUUAUCCAGAAAAGGCUCAGUAUGACAAAGCACACCUAUAUGUAUUUAACAAUGGAACGGAGAAUAUAAGGGUCUCAAAAUUAAGUGCUUGGAGCAUGAAGAAAGCUCAAAUCAUCUAUUGAAAGGAGGAAAAACAAGA